UGUGUGUGCGUGUGUGUGUAAAUUCUUCCACACAGUCGAACGGCCUCUCUUGACCUUUUUCAGGAUCCAUACUUCCACAACGUGUACUUUCCCCACCCGCGGAUUUUCAAUUAACUUCGCUUUGGAAGUAAUUUGAGUGGAUAUCAUGCCUCCGAUCGGGCCGGAGAAGCGGGCAGCGCUUUGCCGGGUUUGGGCUCUGGCUCUGGCGCUGCUGGUGUGCGUUGCUUCGGUGACUGGAUGCCCACACAAGUGCAGCUGCUCCGGGUCGCAUGUGGACUGCCAGGGUCUGGGCUUGAAGACUGUGCCUAAAGGAAUACCGAGGAACGCCGAGCGCCUGGAUUUGAACAGAAACAACAUCACCAGAAUCACUAAAGUGGACUUCUCUGGCAUCAAGAACCUCAGGAUUCUUCAUCUGGAGGACAACCAAAUCACUGUUGUCGAGAGAGGAGCCUUCCAAGACCUCCGACUGCUGGAGAGACUUCGUCUGAACAGAAACAAACUCCAGUUUCUCCCAGAGCUUCUCUUCCAGUCCAACCCCAAACUAGGACGACUAGACCUCAGCGAGAACCAGAUUCAGGCGGUUCCAAGGAAGGCUUUCAGAGGAAUCACAAGUGUCAAGAACCUAACCACAUCAGCUGCAUCGAAGAUGGAGCUUUCCGGGCACUGCGCGAUCUUGAGAUUCUCACCCUCAACAACAACAACAUCACCCUCAUUCCCCUGUCCAGCUUCAACCACAUGCCCAAGCUGCGGACACUGCGUCUGCACUCAAACAAUCUCCACUGUGACUGUCACCUGUCCUGGCUCUCUGAUUGGCUCAGAGCCAGGCGGGGCUUGGCUCCCUUCACCCAGUGCAUGGCCCCCGCCCACAUGAGGGGCCUAAAUGUCCCAGAUGUGCAGAAGAAGGAUUUUGUCUGCAAUGGUCCAGCACAGACAGAGUCGAGGACUUGUGUUCCUCAGGUAGCCGUGUGUCCACCCAGCUGCAGCUGCAACAACAACAUAGUGGACUGUCGUCGUAAAGGUCUUACUGAAAUACCAGCCAACCUCCCUGAGGGCAUUGUGGAGAUUCGUUUGGAGCAGAACUUGAUUAAAAGUGUCCCAGCUGGAGCCUUUUCUUCCUACAAGAAGCUCAAGAGGAUUGAUUUGAGUAAGAACCAGAUUUCUGACAUUGCCGCAGAUGCCUUCAGUGGCCUUCGUUCACUCACCUCACUGGUGUUGUACGGCAACAAGAUCACGGAGCUGCCCAAGGGAUUGUUUGAUGGACUGGUUUCCCUGCAGCUACUGCUGUUGAAUGCCAACAAAAUUAACUGUUUGAGAGUCAACACCUUCCAAGAUCUGCAGAACCUCAACCUGCUGUCACUGUACGACAACAAACUGCAAACGAUCAGCAAAGGACUGUUUGCUCCUCUGCGCUCCAUAAAGACUCUUCAUCUGGCACAGAAUCCCUUUAUGUGUGACUGUCACCUGAAGUGGUUGGCAGACUACCUGUUCGACAACCCUAUUGAGACCAGUGGAGCCCGCUGCAGCCACCCCAGAAGGCUGGCUAACAAACGCAUCAGCCAGGUUAAAGGGAAGAAGUUUAGGUGCACAGGUCAGGAGGACUAUCGGAGUCGCCUGAGUGGGGAGUGUUUCCAGGAUCUGGUGUGUCCAGAAAAAUGUCGCUGCGAAGGCACUGUGGUUGACUGCUCCAAUCUCAAACUGACCCGUAUACCUGCACACAUCCCCGAACACACCACAGACCUGAGGUUAAACGACAAUGAGAUUGCCGUCCUGGAGGCUGCAGGGACAUUUAAGAAGCUGCCAAACUUGAGGAAAAUCAACCUGAGCAACAACAAGCUGAGGGACAUUCGUGACGGUGCGUUUGAUGGAGCGGGUGGAGUUUUAGAGCUGCUGCUGACGGGGAACAAGCUGACUGGAUUGCAGGGUCGCAUGUUCAGAGGCCUCAUUGGCCUGAAAACACUAAUGCUGCGGAGCAACCAGAUCAGCUGCAUUGACAACAGUACUUUUACGGGCCUAAGCUCUGUGCGCCUGCUCUCGCUGUACGACAACAGGAUCUCCAGCAUCGCCCCAGGAGCCUUCUCCACUCUGCACUCCCUGUCCACCAUUAACCUCCUGUCCAACCCGUAUGUGUGUGAUUGUCAUUUGGCCUGGCUGGGUCAGUGGCUGAAAAAGACCAGGGUGGUCAGUGGAAACCCUCGCUGUCAGAAACCAGCCUUCCUGAAGGAGAUUCCCAUUCAGGAUGUGGCCAACCCAGACUUCACAUGUGAUGGUGCUGAGGAUAAUGGUUGUCUUCCUGCGUCUGGUUGUCCUGACGUCUGCACGUGCUCAGACAGCGUGGUGCGAUGCAGCAACAGAGGGCUGCACUCUCUGCCCAAGGGCAUUCCCAAGGACACCACGGAGCUUUACCUGGAGGGUAAUAUGCUGACAUCUGUGCCCAAGGAGCUGGCAGUCCUGAAGCAGCUGUCACUGGUGGACCUGAGCAACAACAGCAUCAGCACCUUGGCCUCGUACACCUUCAGCAACAUGACUCAACUAGCCACACUCAUCCUGAGUUAUAACCAGAUUCGCUGCAUCCCGGUUCAUGCCUUCGACGGGCUCAAGGCACUUCGCCUGCUCACUCUCCAUGGUAACGACCUUUCAACCAUACCAGAAGGAGCUUUCAACCACCUCACCUCUCUGUCCCACCUGGCUCUUGGUGCCAACCCCCUGUACUGUAACUGUGACCUGCGCUGGCUCUCUCAGUGGGUUAAGGCUGGCUUCAAAGAGCCUGGAAUUGCUCGUUGUACAGGACCUCCUGACAUGGCUGACAGGCUCCUGCUCACCACACCACUCAACAGAUUCCAGUGUAAAGGUCCUGUAGAUAUCAGUCUGAUGUCAAAGUGUGCCCCCUGCCUGGCAACACCCUGCCAAAACAAUGGUACCUGUGUGUCUGAUGCUACUGGAUCCUACCACUGCACCUGUCCAUAUGGAUUCAAGGGUCAAAACUGUGAAAUACCCAUCAAUGCCUGUAUAAGUUUCCCCUGUUCUAAUGGAGGAACCUGCCACAUUCAGCCUGGCCACCAAGACCACUUCAGCUGUGUGUGUCCGCCAGGUUUCGAAGGCCAACGUUGUGAGGUAAACCCAGACGACUGUGAAGACAACGACUGUGAGAACAACUCCACCUGCAUAGACGGCGUGAACAACUACACCUGCGUCUGUCUGCCCAACUACAUAGGUGACCUGUGUGAAGAGGUGGUUGAUCAUUGUCUCCAUGGUUUUGACCCCUGUCAGCACGACUCAAAGUGUGUCAAUGUUGGCCGCAGUUACAGGUGCGAGUGUUUACCGGGCUAUGUGGGCCAACACUGUGAGCAGGACUAUAAUGAUUGUCUGGAGAAUAAGUGUCAACAUGGAGCUGAGUGUGUGGACGCUGUCAACGGCUAUACCUGCGUCUGUAAAGAGGGUUUCAGCGGGCUGUUCUGUGAGAACCCUCCGCCAAUGAUCUUGCUGCAGACCAGCCCAUGCGACCAAUCUGACUGCCAGAACGGCGCCCAGUGCCUGGUGGUUGCUGGGGAGCCCAUCUGCCGCUGCAUGCCCAGUUUCUACGGCAACAAAUGUGACAAGAUGGCCACCGUUCACUUCCUGGGUCGGGAUGGGUACGUGGAGCUGCCGGGUGCGAAGCUCCGUCCCACCGCACAUAUUUCAUUACAGGUGGCUACAGAUAAAGACAAUGGUAUUUUGUUGUAUAAGGAGGACCACGACCCCCUGGCACUGGAGCUGUACCAGGGACACAUACGACUCAUCUACGACAUUGCCAACUACCCACCCACCACUGUAUAUAGCGUGGAGUCGGUGAAUGACGGGCUUUUCCACACGGUUGAGCUGUUGAUUCAGAACCGUUCACUGAGCCUGGUGGUGGAUAACGGUGCCCCCAAGAGUCUCGGCAAACUAGCCCGCCAGCCCUCCGUUGACCACAACACCCAACUUUACAUAGGAGGCGUACCAUCUCAGGUGGUGGCCUCAGGUCUGCGACCCGGCCCUGAGCGUUCCCCUCAGGCUUUUAAUGGCUGCAUCCACAACGUCCGAAUCAACGGGGAGCCUCAAGACCUGAGUUACCGAGCCGCAGGUGGAACACAAACACAAGGGGUCGAGGGCAAGGGUGAUGCCAUUCUUGCAGGGUGUCAUUCUUGCAGUGUGUGUGCCCAGGGUGCGUGCAGGGCAGGAGGAGAGACGGGGGUGACGUGCGAUUGUCCUCCAGGACGCAGCGGCACCCUGUGUGACCAGACGACGGCACCGAGCCCCUGUCAGAACAGCAGGUGUGCUCAUGGUCUGUGUGUGCCGAAGGGUCAGUCCUACAGUUGCAAGUGCAGUGAAGGCUACCAGGGUCAGUACUGUGAUCGACGGCAGGACCCUCCGGCUUGCAGGGGGCAGCGCUGCGGACACGGGGAGUGUCGUGUGUCAGAGGGAGGAGAGCCCACCUGCCACUGUCAGCCAGGGUACACUGGACCUACCUGUGACACAGAAGUUACAUGUCAAGGAGAGAUGGUGAGGGAGCAGCUGAAGCGCCACCACCCGAUGAGAACAUGCACGUCCACCAGCAAGAUUCCCCGUAUGGAUUGUCCCCGAUCGUGCCAGCCUGCAGCGCCCACAGGUGUUUGUUGUGGCAUCACCAAGAGCAGGAAGAGGAAGGUGGUUUUCCGCUGCACCGACGGCACCUCAUACUCCGAGGAGAUGGAGACCGCUCUGGAAUGUGGCUGCUCCAAGUGCCCGUUGUAACAGCACCGCAGUUUGUUAGUUUGUUUUGCAACACCCACCGCUGCCAUUUUGUGAAUUCUACACGUCAAUGAGGCUGUCGCUCUGAGGUUUUUCCACGUUGACGAGCACCACCAUUAUGUGAUUAAUUUUUUUUUCUACACAUUCAGUUUGACCGCCAAUUUGCUGCCAAGAGAAACCACAAACAAAAACAAAAAUGGGACAUGUGUGCGUGUUUUUUGACAGAGAGAAAAUAUAUUGUAAGAUAUAAGUGAGAAAAAACAUAGAACUUAUUUUUAUUAUGGAUUUUUUUUUCUAAAAGAUGAUAAAAGGACUGAUAAGUUGUUUUUUUAAUAUGUUGAUUAUAUAUUGUGUUACAUAGUAUGAAAAGUUAUUUUGUACCUUGUAAGGAGAAAAAAUACACAGCAAAAUAGAUUAACAUUCCUUAAAAGUAUAUGAAUUUAUAUGUAUGUAUAAAUCUAUAUAAAUAUAUACCCUAACCCAAUGAAUUUUAUAUUUUCCAAGUGUAUUUGCAUGAUGUUAAUGUGAGUGCUGAUGUGUGGGUGGGAGGCUUUGGACACUGAGAGAGGAGGGCUGAGAGAGAAGAGCUCCCUUGAUUCCACAACAAGGAAAAGUUAUGAGUCGUUUGUUGCCCUCUCUCUUGGAGAGAAAAGGGAACAGUAUGUGCCUAGCUAACCUGCUUCACUAUAUAAUGGACAUCUUUCUCACAUGUGAGUUCUUUGAGAAAACAUAAAAGACUCUUUCCACAGAGAUGAUUUAACAGUUUGUUCUAAUAUUGUGUUAUUCUUCAGUUUCCUGUUGCACACCAGACUUGGAGCCACAUGAGGUUUGACAUGAAAAUCUGAAAGACUAAAUGUUCGUUAAGAAUAAGACAUCAUAAAUCAGGAAUUCCCAUUCAAAUACAGCAAUAGUGGAAUCUUACUGUAAAUUCGGCUUCAUGCUGAGUCUAUACCUAUAAUCUGCUGACAUUUAAAAUUAGAAAACAGUUGCCAAGGCAACCCCAGAUGCGUCAUGAGAGCUUAUGGUGUUAGUUCAGGUGGAAACAGGAAAUUUAAUCAAAUCACCUAUUCAGAUAACAAGUAACUUAAUGCCAGGCUGAAAAACAGUGUUUCACUGCCCUCUGUGCUUGUAUGUUUCUACCGUGCAUCACUGCUGGGUGUAGUUGGUUGUGGUCAUAAAUAUGCUCUGUUGCACCUAUAACAACCCCUAACAGUGAUGUCACAGUGUACUGACACACCCUGGGGUGCACUUUUACAUCACUGCAGCUAGGUGAGAUGUUAAACCGCUGGAUUAAAAACAGCUGGUUUAAGUUCUCUAAGUGGCUGCUCGACAUGACUUAAUUUUCUGACUGGGCAGGGAAGCCAUUUUGAAUAAAGCCAUUAUGCCAAAGUCAACUGUAUUUGCCUUAACGGAUAAGUAUGUCAGAAAUUACUGACUGAAUUAAUUUAAGUUCAAGUGCCUUGGUGUACUUCAAAAGUCAAAAACGUUGCUGUAAUGUUGUCAACGGCUGCUACUGAAUGUUUUUUAUUUUGGAUAAAGACGUUGUUGUGUCACACAUGGCGGUUGACACCUGUCUCCAUGACAACACAAUCAAAAAUUCUGUGGUGGCCUUCCUUAGUUCCCAAAGGGACUGAUGCUUGCAUUAUAUAAACACCCCUCUCUCCUAAUUAGGUUGUGUGGGCAGGUCAUGUGAAAUGUAUUGAAAUAAAAAACAAAAAGAAAGAAGCCUUAAUCACGCCACAGCCCUCUUGAUAUGAACUAUGUGUUGUAGAAAGCAUAUAUCCAUAGCCUCAUGUAAAUGUGAAAUUGCAGCAUCAACAAGAACCUUUUUCUUCCUCUUACAGUGUUAAUGUGUGAUGCAUUCAGUGUGUUAAACAAUUUAUAAUGCAGGUCUGAUCAUUGCAUAAUGGUGCAUAUGGAAAGACACAUAUUUCCAUGGAGCAUGUACUUUGAAGUUUAAGGUGGAACUUUUUGAUGAUUUGUUAAUGGUUUGAAUUUCCACAUUGACAGCGUGUGGUGGAGGUUUGAAAAAGGGGCUUGCAGUUAUAUACCAAAAGACAGAGUGCUUGAGUCUGAUCACAGCAAACCUCCACAUUAAGGACUGCUGCGUCAAAGUAGCUUCUGUAACUUUGUCAUGAAAGAAUAGGAUUUGGACCAAGGUAGCACAACACAGCUGAGAAAAACUUUCCAUAGAUGACUAACAUGAUUAAAAGUAUAACAAAAGACUAUAAUGUAACUACUACUGUAUUGUUUACUUUAUAUAUUGUUGCUUUGUUUACAACAGGUGCAAAGUAUUAUCACACUUUUUCAGUUUAUUUACAGCUGGGUUUGAGACAUAUCAGUAUUAUCCUUGUGUUCUUCAUACCUUUCCCCUCCCUCGCCUGCGUCUCGCUGCCUUUGUCCCGUCUUUGUCUAGAUAUCUCCUUUAUUUUUCUGCAGCCAUUAAUUUUCACCAUCUCUUCCCUCUUCUUUUUACUCAAUUUCUCCCAUUCCUAUUUUCACAAAACUUCAUCUUUAAUCUGUUGCCCUCUUCUCUUUCCUCUCUAUUCAUCCCCUCGUUUCUUGAUCAAAGGUUUAGUUCUUCAUUGUGAACAGAAUUGAACACCUUAGUCAUUGAUUAUUGACAAUAAAAAUAACCAUUAAGUCAGUCAUUUCCAUUUUCAAGGUUAAAAUAACAUAACUACAGUAUGUGAGUGAUGAUAAUUGAUACUUAUGUUGAAUGUUAAAAUUA